ACGGUCAACUUGGACGCUGCUGUCAACAACAUUCCGACAAGGUAACGCAAGACGAACGCCGACAGCCGCAACCACCAUAAUUAAAAAAUCGUGAUAACAUCAUGAUAUCAGAUGAUAAUAAAGUAGUAAGAACAUCCAAUGCUGCUACUAAAAAAACGAGUCGUCAUCUAUGGUCUCCUGAUGAUCAGCAUCCUGAAUCUUUAUCACCAAGACAAUUGGAGAGUUGGCUAAGAAGCCAUCGCUAUCCCACGACAGCCAUACCAUCGCCCUCUUCUUUACCCGUGGCGGAGAGGAAUGUGGCUAGAAAAAGAUCCAUCUUGUCUCUAUCUCCUUUGUCAUCAGCAUCAGCAUUCACAACAGCCUCUACCGAUGGUGUCGAUAGUAACGAUAAAGAAAAGGAGGAAAAUAAGAAGAAGAACAAUGAAGAAGAAGACGAGAUCAGUGACAGUAGUAGUAGUCGAAGCAGUACAAGUAGUACUAGCAUUGAGGAAGACGAUCCACCCACACCCACACCUUUUGAUCUAUUCCCUUCAGUCACAUCAAAACAAACCAACUAUGGUCAUCUGCUACAAGACGAAGAUCGUAAAACAAGAUUAUUACACUACAGUUAUUUCUUGGCGAACGAUUAUCCACAACAACAACAACAGAAAAGCAUAGAAAAGAAUUUCGGUAUUUUACCUGCUCUAUCUACAGUCUCGACCGCCACCACCGAACCAGCCUCUGUAAAGACGACAGGCAUUUGUUCUAUCCAAACGAUGCAUGGUCUUUUGUUGGAGCCACCCACGUCUCCUAUAAAAGAGUUGUCCAUGCAUGUCGAUCGUGCUCAACCUCUAACGAACCAGCCUCCUCAUGAUCGUUUCAACAGCGAACUCAAACGUCAAAGCUCCUUUUCCUCUCAUUCUUCGCGACGAUCUUGGUUGAACGGCCUAUUGGAAAAAUCAACGCAACAAAGAAAGAGAUUUUCCGAAUUAUUUUCAUUGAAAAAGUCGAAAGGUUCCACGACGAUGGAGGAUGCGUCGUCGUCUAUAAACGUCUUGGGUCCUCACCGUGAAGAAAAAAGACAACAACGAUACUAUGCCAUGAUGCAUCAGCCUCAUUCUCAUGUUGUCACGUCCCUCCCCGCCCAUGACAAUAGGUCCACGAUCAUGCCCCUGGCUUUGAACAAAAGUAAAAAAGCACGACAGCCAAAAGACCAUCACGAUGCGGCGUCGUCGUGGAGCAAUAAUGAUGUUAUGCAGGAUACCAACCGCCAUGGCGCUACUGCUUUUGCACGAUACCUACCCAACACGGAAAGGACAAUGUAUAGAAUGUCCCAUAUCAAAUUGGCCAAUGCCCGUAGACCUUUGCAGCAACAAGUCGUCAUUUCCAACUUUAUGUAUCAAUACUUGUCUCUCUUGCAACAACAGCAUGAACAAACAGCCUCCUUUUACGCAUCCUCCACCACCACCACCACCGCCACCAUGAGACCAGCUACGAGCUGUAUAUUCCAUACUACAAAUACCAUGCAAAACGCUAUUUAUUAUUACCAACAACAACCCUCAUGGAGCGAUUCCACACAACAUCCUCCUCCUCCUACUAUGCAGAGGAGUCAUAGUAGCACAACGAUCAAAAGCAACAUUUAUAAAGCCACUUGUUCCACGUUUGAGCCACCGGCACCUGGUCAUUCUCCUCACCAGCCACAACACCAACAGCAAAGACACACGAAUAGCGUCUUUUUAUCGUGUCCAUCCAAAAAGAAAUCGGUAUUGCUGUUGCCACGCAAAUCCUCCCUCAUACCAGCAUUGUCAUCAGCAUCAGCAUUAGCCACCUCGUCCUUGGCAUCAAGUACCACCCUGGGCAGCCACAGACCACUUGAACAGAAUCACACAUCGUUUGUUAUGGAAAAAGAAGAAAAGAAACAAGGCAAAAAAGACAAAUAUAAACCAAUUAGGAAUGGUCAGUUUUUGAUGAUGGAGAAAAGGAUGGUUCAAAGUGUCGUUUAAUUCAUGUUCCAACAAGUGCAUUUUUACAUUGAUGUGAAGAAAAAAGAAAUAAAAAAAAAAAUAAUAGAUCAUGCAUCCAGCGUGGGUCAUGUAACCAUCCCCCGUUUCAUUGAAAUCUAUGCAAC